AUGAGCGGAAGAUUCGUGAGAGCUAGCAAAUAUCGUCAUAUCUUUGGACAAACAUGCAAGAAAGAGCUUUGUUAUGAUAAUAUAAAGCUCAGCAACAAUGCUUGGGAUUCUAAUUUAAUAAGCGCGAAUCCUUUCUAUUUGAGUGUCAAUUGGAACUCAGGAGCCGGCGGUGCUAUUGCUGUCAUUCCCUUACAAAAUCGAGGAAAACUCCCUGAUCAAGCCAACUUAUUUCGUGGUCAUACUGCUGCUGUUUUGGAUACCGAUUGGAAUCCAUUCCACGACCAGGUGUUGGCAUCUGGAGGUGAUGACGCCAAGAUUAUGCUAUGGAAAGUUCCUGAAGACUACACAGUUUUGGAGCCUUACGAAGAUGUGCAUCCUGUUGCUCAUUUAACAGGACAUAGUCGUAAGGUCGGGCAUAUCCAGUUUCAUCCUGCAGCUGCGAAUGUGCUGGCGUCUUCAAGUGCUGAUAAAACCAUUAAAUUAUGGGAUUGUGAGAAAGGAAUUGCUCAAGUAACACUUCCCAUGAAUGAAAUUUGUCAAUCUAUCUCUUUUAACGCUGAUGGAAAUUUGCUUGUUAGUACGGGUCGUGAUAAGAAAAUUCGAAUUUGGGAUCCUCGUACCGAAAAACCAGUUUCAGUUUCCAAUGGUCAUGCUGGAGCGAAGAAUUCGAGAAGCGUUUGGCUUGGGAGCUUAAACCGUAUUGCUACCACCGGAUUUAGCAAAAUGAGUGAUCGACAACUCGCUCUGUGGGAUCCUGCUAAUAUGUCUGAACCAAUUGGAGGUUUCAAUACUUUAGACUCUGGUUCAGGUAUUUUAAUGCCUUUUUGGGAUGAUGGUACGAAUGUUAUUUACCUUGCCGGAAAAGGUGACGGUAACAUACGUUAUUACGAACUUGAAAACGAUGUUUUUCAUUAUCUUUCUGAAUUUAAAUCUGUUGAUCCCCAACGUGGUAUGGCUUUUGUUCCAAAAAGAGGCGUAAACGCUGCCGAAAACGAGGUUAUGCGUGCCUAUAAAUCUGUUAACGAUACGAUCAUCGAACCUAUUAGUUUCAUCGUUCCUCGACGCUCUGAAGCUUAUCAGAGCGACAUUUAUCCUCCUGCUCCUUCCGGAAAACCAAGCUUAUCUGCGGAUGAAUGGUUCUCUGGCAAGGAUGCUCCAGUUGAUAGAAUGGACAUGUCUUUACUUUAUGAGACUAAAGGUCCAGUAUCUAAAAUAACAACCGUUAAGGUUCCUACGCAAGAGGUUCAGAAAGAUGCUGAUAAGACACCUAUUUCUGUAAAGCCUUCUAAGAAAGAAGAACCAGCUAGGGCUUCGCCUGCACAAGAGAAAGCUCCAGAAAAUUUUUCAUCAAACAAGAAAGAAGAAAAGGAGCUUUCUAAAGAGGAAAAGAAAGAUCCUGGAGAGAAGAAAUCUUUAGAGAAGGAGACGCAGAAGAAAUUAGAAAAUAAGGUUUUGCCAGAGCAGGCCACAAAGUCAGAAAAGAAAGACACUGAACGAGAAGCUCCUGCUUCUGCUCAUGCGAAGCCCUUGGAAAAAAAGAAGGAUGUGGUUGAAAAUGGUAUCAAUGAGGCUUUAAUUAAGCGUGAAAAAGAGUUAUCUGUAUCUCGGAUGCCUACAAUUUCUUCCCCUGACCAAGAUGAUAAUCUUGUUCAAAAGUUAGAUACUAUUGAGAAACGAUACAAGGAAGAAAUGUCUGUUCGAGACUGGAAAAUUGCUCAGUUAGAGGAGAGGGUGACGAAACUCUCUGAGGCUAUAGAAAAGCACUUUUCCCUUUAA